CCCAGCCUUCACCCCGCCCGCCCUCAGCUACUCCUCAGGCACCCCACGCGCUCACACCCGCCUGCCCGACCGCCUGCUCCUCCCACUGCCUCCGCCCCUCCCACUCGGCCCCCCGCGUCGAUCUCGCCCCACACUGACUUUGCGCUCACUGCCCGGCCAGACGCACUUCCCGCCUUCGCCUAGGUCUGCACCGCCACCGCCGCCCUCUCCCGCGCGUCCCUCACCCGGUCCGCCACUGCCGCGCCUCAGAAUCCGAAGGCUCGGUUCCAGCGCAGCCAUCCACGCCGCCGCCACGACCGACUCCGGAGCCACGCGCUGCAACCGCCACCAACGCCUUGCCGCCGCCGCUCGCCCGCCGCCCACCAUGGCCCAGCAGCAAACAGGUAGCAGGAAACGGAAAGCGCCCGCGGUCGAGGCGGGCGCCGAGAGCUCGCCGUCGCAGGGCUUGGCGGCAGCGGACGGUGAGGGGCCGCUGCUACUCAAGAGGCAGAGGCGGCCGGCGACGUAUCGCUCGAUGGUGCACUAUCUGAAGGUUCGGGAGGUAGGCGGGUGGGGCCCCGCCAGGCUCCAGGGCUUCGAUGGCGAGAUGCGAGGCUACGCGGUACAGAGGCUGCCCGAGCUGCUGACGGAGCGCCAACUGGAGCUGGGCACCGUCAACAAGGUGUUCGCGUCACAGUGGCUGAACUCCAGGCAGGUGGUGUGCGGCACCAAGUGUAACACGCUUUUCGUGGUGGACGUGCAGUCAGGCCACAUCGCGCGCAUUCCCCUUUUGCGGGAUAGUGAGGCCAGGCUGGCCCAGGACCAACAGGGCUGCGGCAUCCAUGCCAUCGAGCUGAAUCCCUCCAAGACGCUUCUGGCCACCGGCGGCGAAAACCCCAACAGCCUGGCCAUCUACCAGCUGCCCACCCUGGACCCCCUGUGCCUGGGCGACCGCCGUGGCCACAAGGACUGGAUCUUCGCCGUCGCCUGGCUGAGUGACACCGUAGCCGUGAGCGGCUCCCGCGACGGCACUGUGGCGCUGUGGCGGAUGGACCCGGACAAGUUCGAUGACACUGUUGCCUGGCAUAGCGAGGCGGGUCUCCCCGUAUAUGCCCACAUCCGUCCGAGGGAUAUGGAGGCCAUCCCCAGGGCCAUCAUCAACCCCAGUAACCGCAAGGUGCGGGCCCUGGCCUGCGGCGGCAAGAACCAGGAACUGGGAGCGGUGUCCUUGGACGGCUACUUCCACCUGUGGAAAGCCGGGAGCGCACUAUCCAGGCUGCUGUCCAUCAGGCUGCCCUACUUCCGGGAUAAUGUGUGCCUGACCUACUGUGAUGAUAUGUCUGUGUACGCCGUGGGCUCCCAUUCCCACGUCUCUUUCCUGGAUCUGCGCCAGGACCAGCAGAACAUCCGGCCCCUGUGUUCUCGAGAGGGUGGCACAGGCGUGCGGUCGCUGAGCUUCUACCGUAACAUCAUCACUGUGGGCACCGGUCAGGGCUCCCUGCUCUUCUAUGACGUCCGGGCCCAGAAAUUCCUGGAGGAAAGAGCCUCCGCCACCCUGGAGUCCUCUUCGGGACCUGCAAGGAGGAAGCUCAGGCUUGCCUGUGGCAGAGGCUGGCUCAACCACAAUGAUUUCUGGGUGAAUUACUUUGGUGGCAUGGAAGUGUUUCCCAAUGCGCUCUACACCCACUGCUACAACUGGCCUGAGAUGAAGCUCUUUGUGGCUGGGGGGCCUCUCCCUGCAGGCCUCCAUGGGAACUAUGCAGGCCUCUGGAGCUAAGGAUGACCGCCUUGUACUCCAGGUGGAACCAGCCCAGCUUAAUUUGUACUCCUCCAAGCAGAGAGAGUGAGUGGUCCUUUGGUCAAUGAAAACUUGGCUUUAAGACUUUUUGACUCCUUUCCAACACCAUCUUUUGGAAUUUUCAUACAAAGAAAUUUGGUUAAUCUUUA